UGCUAUCGAGUCUUGAUUAUAUUAUUUCUGUUACUUUAUGUAUUCUAAUCACUUAUUGCCGAUCAAUGAUGCUUAACAGCAACGUUACCUCAAGUUUAAAUAUUGCUGCAUCACAUUUACAGUACCAAAAUGAUCAGAAUACUAAGACAAUUCUCUUUAAUAGUAUUGACUCUCGGUUCGACGUAUUCGUCGAUUUGAUGCCGGCGCUCAGUGAAGGAAGCGCCGGGUAUUUUGACUUAGUGAGCGAUGUACCUUUCGCUGUGAAUGGAUCUUUGAUCAACAUCACAAUGCAUGACUCGACGCCUGCGAUAUUCUCCGAAUCUCUAUCUAUAUGCAUUCGUCGGAAGCGCUCACCAAUCGAAAACAAAAGUGAUCAUGAUAAUGAUUCCAAGACCAGAGUUACCACUUGCAAAAGAUAUUCUAGUGUUUCUGGAAUUCGCAUGCAUGGUGAAAGAAUUUACAAUCUAGAUGAUGGUAUUAUCCAAAUUCCUUCCAAUACUCUAUUGACUAUGCUUUUAUUUGGAACAGAUUUCUCUGUAAAUACACAGAUUGCAGUUACUACAGCUAGUGCAGAAAGAGGACAAAGGUGUGAUACUUUACCUAUAAUUAAAAUUAUUAACUUGUCAGAAGACAACGUCUUGUCCGAACGUACAAUAAAAGUGGAGGUAUUAUUUCCCACUUCUCUGGACAAUUCAAAAUAUUAUAUUUGCGUUAGAGAGUCUGGGAACAUUUCGAGACCUUGGAUUCACCAAGGACAUGAUUCCUGGCUUUCUUUCAGAGCUGUGGGUCGUAUUUUACCUGUUGGACUACAGUCUUUCAUUAUAUUCAUUCUCCUCAUCCUUUCAGGCUUAUUCAGUGGUUUGAAUUUGGGAUUAAUGGCUCUCGAAUGCACUGAGCUUCUAGUGCUCGAAAAAUGCGGGACUGAAAAGGAAAAGAAGCAUGCCAGAAAAAUAUAUCCUAUUCGAAAAAAGAGUAACUAUUUAUUAUGUUCACUUUUGUUAGGAAAUGUUCUAGUAAAUAACACAUUAACCAUUCUUUUAGACGAUUUAACAUCUGGAAUGAUUGCGAUUGUUCUAUCAACAUUUGGCAUUGUGGUUUUCGGUGAAAUUAUUCCUCAGGCAAUAUGCUCCCGCCAUGGGCUAGCAGUAGGAGCAAGAACACUUUGGGUGACGAAGUUUUUUAUGCUGAUUACUUUCCCUUUGUCUUAUCCAAUUAGUAAAAUUCUCGAUCUGGUAUUGGGUGAAGAAAUUCGAAAUGUGUAUAACAGAAAAAGACUUAUGGAGUUCAUCCGACUAACUAAAGAUUACAAUGAUUUACAAAAUGAAGAGGUUAAUAUUAUAUCAGGUGCAUUAGAGUUAACUAAAAAGACUGUAUCAGACGUAAUGACGAAAAUUAAUGACGUGUUUAUGGUACCUAUUUCUACGAUAUUGAAUUUUGAGACUGUUUCUGAAAUCAUAAAACGAGGGUAUACAAGAAUACCGGUGUUUGAUGGAGACCAUAAUAAUAUCGUUGCUCUUCUUAAUAUCAAGGACUUGGCUUUUGUUGAUCCAGAUACCAACACCCCAUUGAAGACACUAUGCGAAUUUUAUAAUCAUCCCGUAAAUUUCGUUUUUGAAGAUACAACUUUAGAUGUUAUGCUCAAUGAGUUCAAGAAAGGACGUUCUCACUUAGCCUUUGUUCGACGGGUCAACAGCGAUGAAGAAGUUGAUCCAUUCUAUGAACUUCUGGGAAUAGUGACAUUAGAGGAUGUUAUAGAAGAAAUUAUUCAGUGUGAAAUCAUAGAUGAAACUGACGUGCUUACUGAUAAUAGAAGAAAGCAUGUUCGCAAAGAAUCACAGAUAAGACAAGAUUUUUCAGAUUUUGUGAGACUGGGAGCAGGCGACAAAAGAACUGUUAGCAUAUCCCCUCAGCUUGCGUUGGCCGCGUACCAGUAUUUGUCCACAUCAGUAGAACCUUUUAAAAAGGAAUUCCUUUCUGAAUCUGUGCUUAAGAAACUCAUGGCACAAGAUGUAUAUCUGAAAUCAAAACCUGGAAAAGAAGACUAUGUCCCUUCGUCAAACAUUCUUUAUCAGUCUGGCAAAGCAUCAGAUUACUUCAUUCUUAUCCUGGAAGGGCGUUGUCUUGUCACAGUAGGAAGAGAGAAUUUGACUUUUGAGACUGGCCCUUUCACUUCCUUCGGAUUACCCGCCAUAACAAACAUAUGUGAAUCUGCAUCUCUCAGUAGUCCCAGCAACUCUGAAAUUCCUCCUUUUAAGGGUUUUAUACCAGAUUAUACAGUGGUAGCUGUUGGUGAAACUGUUUACAUGAAAAUCCAUUAUGCGGUCUAUUUAUCAGCUCACAAGGCGACGUUAAUGGAAAGGCAACAGAAACAAGAUACAGAUUCCAAAGAUAGUUCUAAAACGGGAUCAGGGCGUUUAUCUCGCUGUUCUUCAAAUGAUAUAAUGGAAUGUUAAGUGCAAGAAAAGCAGUUCCAGAUCUGUGACAUCAGUUCCACUGCUUUAUAACAUCUGUCUAUUUUAGCUUGUAAGUAACUUGAAAUAUGACAGUGUGAUAUGACUGAUCACUGUCUGUCAUAACUUUUAAACAUUUUAAGUAAGUUAAUGAUAUUUCAGUAUCUGGAUGCUUAUUAGUACCUGAUGUAUAAGUAUUGUUCAAAUACCCAAGUAGCCGAGCUGCUAUGUUUUAUUAAUUUUUAAUAUGUGUAUCGUGUAAAUGUAUACUUAGUGCUUUAUAUGGAAAUACUAAAGUUUCCUUUACAUGUUACACAAAGCAAUAAAAUAUAAUAAAUAUAGAUUUCAUAGAGAUAUAGAUACCGUAGAAAUGUUAUUGAGAUGUUAUUAAUUUAACAUUAAUAAAUACAAAUGAAUAAAUAGAUUAUGAAUAACGAUGAAAAUUAUUUUACUCUUGCAUUUCCUUCGCCAAGACAAAUGUCUUUCUUAUACUCGUACAUAGUCAAAUGAAUGUUAAGUUAUUUUAUUAUGUAAUUGGUCGAGUAUGAGUAGAAUGUAUUUUUUCUUCAAAAUAUUUUUGUGAACCUUUUAAUUAUCGAUUUUUUACAAAAUUUGAAGCAUAGUAUGAAGCUAAUGUGUGCGAUGCGGUUUUAUGUGGAUCAUGUGGCUGUUUUUAUACUUAGGUCAAUAUUGUAAGUUAUUUAAUCAAAAUUAAUUUUUAAUUAAGCAAAUUAAAUUUUAAUUAAUUUAUUUAUUAUCAUAAUUGAAGAAUCUUUCGAAUUUAAAAAACUGUAUAGUGUAUUUGAUAAGUAACCUGUAAGGGUUUAGAUUAUUUAUUUACAGUUGGUAUUAAAUAAUUAGGAAAUAAAAUAUAGAACAAAUAAUUAUCGUAUUACAGUUUCUCGUAGUACAAUAAAAAUUCCAUCUUUAUCUGUAUUUUGUUAAAAAUUAUAAUUUGCAGUGUUCGGAAGCUGAAUAUGAAACUUUAAUUAUCCUUAAAAAUAAAAUUAUUAACACUGGAAAUAUAUUGCUUUUGGAACAUCUGCACGUUUAGAGGCAGCUGAAAGGCAUUUUAAAAAACACCUUUUUUAAUUUUUUAAUGCGAUGAUUGAAAUGUAACGAUUUGUUUUAACGAUACUAAUUCACUGGCAAUUUCAUGAUUGUGUUCAAAUGCAUAAAAUAUUUUUCAUAUUUAGAAACAAAGCAUUUUUUUAAUUUCUAAUAGAUUUUCAUAUUUAACUUGAAAUAAUACAAACUAUUAUUUCAAGGUUUAUUUAUCGAUUGUUCUUUUCCUUUAGAUCGAAUUAGCGACUUUUGA